AUGUCGGUGAUGCAAAAGAUUCUCAAGAAGAUCGUCCACAAUGAGUCCAUGGAGACGGACCCCGCAGAAAUCUACGGCUGGAGAGUCUUCGCGCUCGCCGCCUCCGCCUGCUUCGGCGCCAUGUCAUUCGGCUGGGAUAGCUCCGUCAUUGGUGGUGUCGUUGUCAUGGAGCCCUUUAAGAACGACUACGGACUCAAGGAUGCCAAGCCCGUGGAAACUGCCAACUUGACCGGUAACAUUGUGUCCACUCUCCAAGCCGGAUGCUUGGUCGGUGCUCUUCUCGCCUCUCCCAUGACAGACAGAUUCGGUCGCAAGUGGUGUCUUGUUACUGUCGCUGCCAUUAUCCUCGUCGGCGUUGUCCUCCAGGCUGUCUCUUCCGGUAGAAUCGCCGCCAUCUUCGUCGGUCGCUUCAUCGCAGGUCUCGGUGUCGGCGGUGCCUCUGCCAUCAACCCUCUCUACGUCUCCGAAAACGCGCCUCGUGCCAUUCGCGGUCUCCUCACUGGCAUGUACCAGUUAUUCAUCGUGACAGGAGGUAUGAUUGCCUUCUGGAUCAACUACGGCGCCGAGGUCAACUUGACGGGAAAGACCAUGUACAUCUUUCCUCUCGCCAUCCAGGGUCUGCCCAGUCUGCUGCUUCUCAUCUGCAUGCUCUUCUGCAACGAAUCUCCCAGAUGGCUGGCCCGCCAGGACAAGUGGGAAGAGGCCAAGAAGAUUCUCGCCACUCUUCGUAACUUGCCCGAGAACCACCCUUAUCUCGAAGAUGAGUUCCAGGAGAUUGUUGACCAGCUCCAACAUGAGAGACAGCUCAUUGGCAACGCCACCUUCAAGAACCUGCAAAAGGAGAUGUGGACCAUCAAGGGCAACCGCAACCGUGCUCUUAUCUCCAUCUUCCUCAUGAUCUGCCAGCAAAUGACGGGAACCAACGCCAUCAACACCUACGCCCCUAUGAUCUUCAAGAACCUCGGUGUCACCGGUCGCUCCACGCCUCUUCUGUCAACCGGCGUCUACGGAAUCGUCAAGGUUCUUGCCUGCAUCUGCUUCUUGCUCUUCAUGGCCGACUCUCUUGGCCGUCGUCGCUCGCUUCUCUGGACUUCAAUCGCCCAGGGCUGCUGCAUGUUCUACAUCGGUCUUUACGUCCGCAUCUCCCCACCCAUUGCCGGAGAGCCUGUGCCAGGUGCUGGCUACAUGGCCCUGGUCGCCAUUUUCCUGUUCGCCGCAUUCUUCCAGUUUGGCUGGGGUCCGGCCUGCUGGAUUUACGCCUCUGAAAUCCCGGCAGCUCGCCUUCGCUCCCAGAAUGUCGCUCUUGCUGCUGCUACCCAGUGGCUCUUCAACCUCAUCGUCGCCCGUACUGUCCCGAACAUGCUGGCUACUGUCGGUGCUCACGGCUACGGAACCUAUCUCAUCUUUGGAAGCUUCUGCUUCUCCAUGUUCUUCUUCGUCUGGUUCUUCGUCCCCGAGACCAAGGGUAUCUCCCUCGAGCACAUGGAUGCUCUGUUCGGUGUAACCGACUAUGACUCUGACAAGAAGUUGAACCACGACAACCUGAGCGAGACCAAGGGCUCCCCCGCCGAGAUUCAGGUUGAGUCUACCAACCCCGCCCACGCCCACGUCCGCAAGGAGUCGGCCUAG